UGCCUUUAUCAGCAGGUUUAAUGACAAUAUUAUUAUUAUUCAUAAGUUCUUUGAGAGCUUCUGUUUCUUCUAUAUUUAGGUUAGGUAUGGGUUUAAUAAAUUUGAAUUUUUUGUCCAAAUAUUUUAGGUCCUGGGAAAUCAAUUUCUCCACCUCAGGGGGGAGAGAGCCCAUUGGAGGAGACCAGUCUGACUCCGGCAUAAAAGGUAAGUGUUCAUUUUUAUUCUUAUCAAUAUUAUCCUUAUAGUAGAUGGCCAAUUUAACCCUUCUGUGGUAUUUUUGCAGGUCAUACCUCAUCAACGUUUUGAUUUUAUCCCUGUUAUUGUUCGCCUGGGUGGGAAUAAAGGUUAAACCCCUGUUUAAGAGGGAACACUGUGCAUCACUCAAAGCAAAGUGCUUCUUGAUACGAGACGCCGUGGCCUUGGACCAGUGGACGUUGUCCCCGGUCACUGUGAAGGCCCUCUUCUCCAGCGCCGGGAUGUGGUGGCUGCGCUGUGAAAUGCGGCUGUUCAGCCGCCUUUUUGUCCCGCUGGGCCCUGUGGUUGAUGCCCAGGGACAGGAUGAGUCGUUCCACGUGCUCAGCCACCGGUGUCCUCUGCAGCAGGUGGGUCAGGUGCUUCCACCUAGCACCCGGAAAACUGUCAACCUGCACAUCAGGGUUAUUCAUGGCGGGCAGCCUGCCCACAUUAGAAUCCCCAACCACAGCAUAUUUCUUAUGCAGGUUAAGAGACCAGUCCCGGGUUUUAUUCAGGGUCACUAUAUGUUUGGCUGCAGCCAUUACCUGAGCAUCCGAUGGAGCAGAGGUCUCACCGUUGGAGGAAGACGCAGCUGGGACCGGGGUCCGCAUCCUAGAGCCAAAGAGCUGGAGGCCUGCGACUGUGCAGGGGAGGCUGUGGCUGCCUCUGCAGCCUCCUGGCUGCUCAACUCCCCCUGGCGGACAUCAGAGGUGCUGCAGAGGUCCCCGUCAGCUGUGGGGGACGCUGUCGUCCCAGGAGGAAGAGGAGGAAGAGGAGGAGCCGUCUGCGGCGUCCCCGGAGCAGGGCAGGCCCUCCUGCAUGAGCUGCAGGAUCUCUGCUGGCGCUGAGGAAGAGGAGGGGGUGCUGUCCCUCCGUCGCUCCCCUCGUCGAUCGCUGCUGGCGGGGUCCAGCCGCUGUGAGGAGGCGUCGCCCCGGUCGCUGGGGUGGUCAUCACGGGACCGGGAGGCGCAGGAAGGCCGCGCGCCUCAGCGGAUGGAGGAGAUGGUGAGCGCGGUGGAGGCUGUGGGUGGCGCGGUGAUCCG